AUGAGUAAUCCACCAACACCCGUGCUGCGACGUCUCAAUGGUCGUCUUCAAGCUUGCGAUCCGUGCCGAAGCCGAAAGGUGGCCUGCGAUCAUGGCAGACCUGUAUGUCUACGAUGCAGAAAGAGGCAGCAAGACCGGCAUUGUGUUUAUACUGUUUCUUCCACCACUGUUGGUUUAGGGAUUGGCACAUCACGCUCGCCCUCGGUAUCCGCUCCAGCAAGGGCAGCCCAAAGACGUGACGAUAACGUUGUCCCAACAUUGAGUCCAGGCGCAAGGAGAACGAGUGUCGUGACUAGUCCUGCAAGUACACGAGCAUCGUCGUCGCGAGCGAUUGGAUAUUUGGGCUACACAAGCUAUUCGACAGUGAUAGAUGAGACAUUGUGUAUACUCAAUGACAUCAGAGCGGAAAAUCCCCAAAGUCCCUGCAUGGACGACUGUCCGAUUGCCAUAUCCUCCAAGACCAUCGCUCUUGGGGUUACUGUCCUCAGGCAUAUCCCUUUCCCAGAGGAUGGGCAGCGUCUCUUUCGUAGAGAAUUGACUGUCAAGGACUCGUGGAUGCGCCUAGUAGCUCGGCAUAUUCUUGAGACACUUUACGAUGAAUGGGGCGGGCACCUUGGACGCGUUCGCUCCGUGUCAAAGUUGGAAGAAAUGGCUCGUCGGAUAUGUGUCAAUACAGCCAAGCCCAUUGUGAACAGAGGUGAUGGCGUAGAGUGGCUAGAACAAUUUCGAGGGCCAAAUCUAAGAUGGGAGAGUCUAGGGGUACUUUUCCACGGAUGGGAUCUUGUCGAUGACGCGCACAAAAUUAAAAUGCAGGGUGCCUCUGUGUAUAUCAAGCAAUCUGCGCCGUCGGUACAGGAGUUCAUCUCGCUCUGUCUUGAACUGUGCCAAGAGUUCUCUGACGGCAAUUUCUUCACCGUCUACUUGGACUUUAAGCGGACUUUACUGGAGUCUCUCAUAUCGGGCGAUGCCAGUCGACAAACCUGCAGAUACCUCGCUGACACGGUAGCCAGUUUGACAUUCCUUGGCAUGCACGCGGAGCCCACUGAUGAAUUCUAUCAACCGACAUUCUAUGCCGAAGCCAGUCGGAGGGUACUGCUCGCAGUAUUCACUGUCGACAAAGUGCAACUUGCAUUCACCGGACGGCCGCCGUUGUUGUUCAGAAAGUUUGUCACGACGCCCAUGCCUUUGGAUAUAAGCGACCAAGACCUCUUCUUGGAUCAAGCUUCUCUGCUCAAAAAGAUACAAAAUUCAGUUGAUGACAAGGGCUGGAAUACCAAUGGUGAAUUCUUUUCCAGCACCAUUGUCCGAGCUCGAUACAUGGUGGCACAGAUCAGAGAGCACAUUGCAGAGAUAGCACUCGGCAACGACUCACAGACUACAGCAGAUGAACUGCAUCGCAUCAAACAAAAGCAAGAUGCUGUAGUAGCAGAAUUUCCCCCCAGUCUACAUUGGCAAGCCGAAGACAUGGCAGACCCAGAGGUGGAUGCGAAUAUCGUAUUCAACAGACUGCUGCUGAGCUUGGACAGUCUGCAAAAUGACUUUUUUGUUUACCGACUCUUGGUACGGACAGGCCAAGGUCAACCUGAUGAAGGUUGCCUAUUGGCAACGAGCUUCCGCAUGGUAUCAUUGGUGCUGCUGCUGUGGACGAACAUGGAUCGAUUUCAGGUCAUGAGGCCUGACUUCGGAUGGCUACUCAUGGGGUACGGCGCUUCACCCGGGGGCAUACUCUGCAAGUGCUUGCUGAAAGCACAGUCCAGUCAAAUCCAUCCCGGUGAACCCGAAAUCACACGCUCUGCCAUCAUCCAAAAGCUGUCGCUGCUGGUUGGAUUCUUGGAUUGGGUCAGUCCGACCGCGCCCAAUGCAGAAUUGUGCAAAGAUUGCAAAUCAGUCAUCGAACGCGUGCUUGAUCAAGCACUGAACUGCAUCCCGGGAAACGCGCCAGCUUUUGGGGCCAGCAUCAAUUGGGAUCUGUCGACUCCGUUAGAUUUCAACUUUGAUCUGAUGGACACUUACGACUGGCUGAGGUCCGAUUGA